UCUCGGUAAAAGCCCGGGCUGCGGCGGCGGCGGCGUCCGGGCGGGUGUGCGCGCGUGUGGGGCGCAGGCUCGGCGGCGGUGGCAGCGGCUCAGCCUGCGGUGGCGGCGAGGACGCCAGCUGCAGCGGGAGAGGAGCAGCCGGGGCUGAGCGCUCCGCGGACCCGGCAGGCGCCAGGAACAGGUGAUCCCAGCGGGUUGCCAAGCCCGACCGAGUUGGCGGGGCGGGAGCCCGCACUCCCGGGUGCAGCUGCAGCCGCCUCGCCGCCGCCGGUCGCGGACGGCUCCCGGCUCCGGACGGGGCUUGGGUGUCCCUCCGCUCUCGGGGGCCCAGGAAGCCCUCGGCUCCCGCAGACUCAGAAGUGACUGCUCCCUCUCCGACGCCUGCUUCCCCGCGGAGCAAAGUUGUGGACGUGUCCUCCUAGCCGAGCCCGGGCGCUGUCGCGACCCGGCGGGGUCGGUGCGCUCUCCGAGAGGCGCUGACACGCCAACCCGCCACCUCCUCGCCCCCUGAGUCUGCCCUCUCUGGAAGCUGCUUCUGAGGCUGAAACUUUGGGCCAAGGGGCUAAGGGCGGCUGGGCGCGGGGACGAGGCCUGCGGGCGCCCCUCCGCGCGGACAGUCUGGGCGCCGCGGACGGCAUGUGACGGCCGGGCGGCGGCCGCAGGCUGGAAGGCGCGGGUCCCCGCCGCUGCGAGGAGGGACUGCGCGGCGGCUGGAGGGCAAGCUGCGGCGCGCGGCUGACCGUUGCGGGCCCGGGCCUCGAGCCGUGCCGCCCGGCUCGCCCGGGCCCGCCGAACCGCUGCGCCCCGCCUCGGCGCGGGGGGACUCACUCCAAACUCCCUGAACUAAAGGGGCGGUCCCCGAAUUGGCACAACUCUCAGGGGCCCUCACCCCAGGUGGAGCCCCUCGACGACCUCCCCGCGCCGACCCCCAGCUGGCAAGUGCCUGGUCUCCGAGGGCCUCCGAGGCUGGCAGUUGCUGACUGGCCCCAGCCCCGUCCCAGGCCACGAUGCUCAUGAGGAAAGUGCCCGUGUUCGUCCCAGCCUCCCCGUGGGGGCUGCGGCUGCCGCAGAAGUUCCUCUUCCUUCUCUUCCUCUCGGGCCUCGUCACCCUGUGCUUUGGGGCCCUCUUCCUGCUGCCCAACUCCUCUCGCCUCAAGCGCCUCUUUCUGGCCCCCCGGACCCAGCAGCCCGGCCUGGAGGUAGUGGCCGAAGUCGCCGGCCAUCCUCUGGCCCGCGAGCAGGAGUCGCCUCCCAACCCUGCCCCCGCUGCGCCAGCCCCGGGCGAGGACGACCCGGGCAGCCAAGCCAAUACCCACCGCAGGAAAGGGUGGCUCCGGCGCACCCACCCCACCUGGCCACGCGAGGAGGCCACGGCGGCCCGGAGCAGCGGCAUCGCGGCCCCCAGACCCCAGGAGGAGAGCAUCCCCUUUAGCUUUGACUUCAACGCGUUCCAGAGCCGUCUCCGCCAUCCGGUCCUGGGGACUAGGGCAGAGGAGAGUAAUGAGCCCCAGAGCCUCAUUCGAACCCAGAGGGAGAAAAUCAAGGAGAUGAUGCAGUUUGCCUGGCAGAGCUACAAGCGCUAUGCCAUGGGGAAAAAUGAGCUCCGGCCACUCACAAAAGACGGCUAUGAGGGCAACAUGUUUGGAGGCCUCAGCGGGGCGACGGUCAUUGACUCCCUCGACACCCUCUACCUCAUGGAGCUGAAGGAGGAGUUCCAGGAAGCCAAGGCCUGGGUUGAAGAGAGCUUCCACUUGAAUGUGAGCGGAGAAGCAUCCUUGUUUGAGGUGAACAUCCGGUACAUUGGAGGACUCCUCUCAGCCUUCUACCUGACCGGAGAAGAGGUGUUCCGAGUCAAGGCCAUCAAGCUUGGGGAGAAACUCCUACCAGCCUUCAACACCCCCACAGGAAUCCCAAAAGGCGUUGUGAACUUCAAAAGUGGCUCCAACAGAAGCUGGGGCUGGGCUGUGGCUGGGAGCAGCAGCAUCCUGGCGGAGUUUGGGUCCCUGCACUUGGAGUUCUUACACCUCACCGAGCUCUCUGGCAACCAGGUCUUCGCAGAAAAGGUCAGGAACAUCCGGAAGGUCCUCAGGAAGAUCGAUAAGCCCUUCGGCCUCUACCCCAACUUCCUCAGCCCAGUGAGCGGAAACUGGAUGCAACACCACGUCUCGGUUGGAGGACUCGGGGACAGUUUUUAUGAAUAUUUGAUCAAAUCCUGGUUGAUGUCAGCCAAGACAGAUAUGGAAGCUAAAGAUAUGUACUACGAAGCCUUGGAGGCAAUAGAGACCCACUUGCUGAAUGUCUCUCCUGGGGGGCUGACCUACAUUGCUGAGUGGCGAGGGGGGAUUCUGGACCACAAGAUGGGGCAUCUGGCCUGUUUCGCCGGGGGCAUGAUUGCCCUCGGCGCUGCGGAUGCCAAGGAAGAAAAGAAGGCCCACUACAGAGAGCUCGCAGCCCAGAUCACCAAGACAUGCCACGAAUCGUACGCCCGCUCAGAUACCAAACUGGGGCCUGAGGCCUUCUGGUUUAACUCUGGCAGAGAGGCAGUGGCCACGCAGCUGAGCGAGAGCUACUAUAUCCUCCGGCCUGAGGUGGUGGAGAGCUACAUGUACUUGUGGCGACAGACCCGCGACCCCAUCUACAGGGAGUGGGGCUGGGAAGUGGUGAUGGCCUUGGAGAAAUACUGCCGAACGGAAGCCGGGUUCUCCGGGAUCCAGGACGUGUACAACAGCAUUCCCAACCACGACAACAAGCAGCAGACGUUCUUUCUGGCGGAGACACUAAAGUAUCUCUAUCUUCUGUUCUCUGAAGAUGACACGCUCUCCCUAGAAGACUGGGUGUUCAACACAGAGGCCCACCCGCUCCCCGUGAACCACUCGGACAGCUCCAGCAGGGCCGGGGGCCAGCUCUGACCCGUCUCCCUGCUGCGUCCAGGGCCCCUGCAGCGUUGCCUUGCCUUUUCAGGAUUUGGGGCUGUUCUCAAAGGGAUUGGGAAUGUAGGCCCCAUUCCAGGCAGAACCAGGGCAGAUGUGUCAGACAAGCCACUUCUUUUCCUCUGUGAGGAGACAGGACAUGGAGACGUAGCGCUGUCACACCAGGCCCACACAUUCCUUUCUAUGGAGAAUUUCUAUGAAACCCACUCACUUGCCAUUCCAGGGCCAAAUGACUGGAGAUUUGCAUAUUGACCCCAGGUAUUUGAUUCACUUCUUUUCAUUGUUUAUUGUUUUUGUUUUUGCUUGAUUUUGCUUUUUUCUACAUUUGUGUUUUAUCACAAAUUAGAAAUACAAUUUCCAAAUCAUGUGGUUUGAAAAACUAUGUCAUCCUGAUAAACUAAACCCUGAAGUAUGUGCACACACCCACAAACCUGGACCCCGUUUUCCAUAUUUCAAAUGCCUUUUACCCAACAUUUACUAUAUGUUCAACUCCGUCAUUUACCUUAUAAUUUGCGGAGGGGUUCCCUUUGAUUUGGGCCUAAGUGUUAUGAAUCACUGGUGUUGUUUUCAUUAUUGUAAUGGAAAAAUAUGUAAACUUACAAAUAAAAGAGUUAUUGAAUAAGAAA